CACCGUACUUCUUUGAAAAAUCUUCCGACCUUCCCACCAACAGAAUACGACAACUUCAAUCCAAAAUGGCCCCACAAGCAGAUCCAGAACCACUUGUCGAGGGAGAUGCAUCCGAGGAAGCCGGACCAUCAGCUCCCCCACCGAGAAAGGCAGUUUAUUGCGGUGUAUGCACAUUCCCGCCCGAAUAUUGCGAAUUUGCAUCCUCAACAUCAAAAUGCAAACAAUGGCUAGCAGAUGCACAUCCUGAUUUGUUCAAAAAGCUAUACAGUGAAGAAGCAUUAACGCAAAAGAUGGCAAGUUUAACGACAAAACAAGCAGAAGAUUUAGAAAAAGAUGCAGCAAAGAAAGAAAAGAAAGCCGAAGCAAAAGCAGAAAAAGAACGUAAAGCAUUGCAAUCAUCUAGAAUCGUAUUAACAAAGAUGGCAAGAACGAAAAAGAAAGCAACAACGAGUUUGUAUGGUUUGCAUCUUUUCAGUCCACCUUUGCCUGCUUUAAAGGCUGUUGCUAAAGGAUUGUCCUCCAGAUUGGCAACAGGUGCAAGUGUUUCAAAAUCAACAGCAAAUCCAAACGUAGACGAAAUUAUCAUUCAAGGAGAUGUUGCAGAAGAUAUUAGGGAUAUGAUCAUCAAUCGACAAAAACCGUUUGAGACCCUACCAAAAGAAGAUGCUGGAGGUAUAUCGGCUUCGAAUAUCGUUGUAGAAGAAGAGAAAAAGAAGAAGCCAGCAGCCAAGGAAGGAGAAGAAGCUGGUGCUGGAAAUGAUUAAAGAUAUGGAAAUUCAAUGCUCUGUUGUUGCAAUUUCAUUUUGUAUACUCUACAUAAUUUACACUUUUGGUACAUGCU